GAGUGCGAUUCUUCCAAGCAGUAUUGAGUUGCUUUUCCCAGUUGCAUCUCAAUCUCGUCCGGAAUGGCUACCUUAGCCAUGCACUAUCUGAAAGAUGCUCUAAAAGCAGACCUAACAUCGACAGCUGGCUCAGUAGCCAUACUUGCCGUUACGUUGCACUGGUUUGUCUUCCGUGUGAUUGCCGUCGAGAAUCAUCUUGCGCCUUUGCUUUGGUUUUAUGUCGUAGCAAUCUCCGGUGUUGGCUAUGCGUACCUCACUUUGGCGAACUUCUCGAUCCUUCAAACACUGAUUCGGCUCGCUGUGGUUACGACAUCAUUCAAUGCUAGCUUGAUUCUCAGCAUUGCAGUCUAUCGACUGUUCUUUCAUCGUAUCCGUCGGUUUCCUGGUCCCUUUUGGUCGAAGCUCAGCCGAUUUCCCGAUGUAGCCCUGGCGGCUAAGGAAGUCAGGUAUUACCGCGAGGUGGCGAAGAUGCGCGAAACUUAUGGCGAUUUUAUCCGGACUGGUAAGUACAUCCUCUUUCUAUUCACUCCUGCAUUUGUCCUUCUUGCGUUAUGAAAUGGAUUCACAUAUUUGGAUAGGCCCCCGGGAAAUCUGCAUCGUACGCAAGUCUGCUGUCCCGCUCAUCUAUGGCCCGCAAUCCCAGUGCUUGAAAACAACCUGGUAUGCCCAAGUGUCUCCAAACCCUAAAAAGUGCUCGAUUCACAUGACUCGGGACUUUGAUGACCAUCGUAAAAGAAGAAAAGCAUGGGACCGUGGUUUUAGCAUCAAAGCAUUGGCAACCUACGAACCCCGAAUCAAAGCCAAGGUUGAUUCGUUCGUUUCGCAAAUCCAGGUCAAUGAACACAAACCGCUGGAUGCGACUGCCUGGUCGAUGUUUCUCAGCUUCGACAUUAUGGGUGAAGUUGGGUUUGGAAAGGAUUUUAACAACUUGAGUACGGGGAAAGAGAACCCGGCAAUUAGGGCUAUUCAUGAGCAUAUGACCGUUUUGAGUGUGCUAAGUCACGUGCCGUGGUUGUUGUAUCUCAUAUCCAGCAUUCCAGGGGCGACGGCGGCCUAUGCAGAUUUUUUCAGGUGGUGUGGAAAUGAGAUUGACUUGAAGCAGAAGACGUGGAAUCCCGAGGAAUAUCCACAAGACAUUGUAUCCUGGUUGUUGAAGUCGUAUGUCGAAAAGGAUAUUUCAGCGUCACCAUCGCUCGAAUCUCUGCAUGAAGACUCGCGUGUGGUCAUUAUCGCCGGAAGCGAAACUACCGCCACAACUCUCGCAUCAAUCUUCUUCUACCUCGCCAAAUACCCCUCCACGCUCAAAAAGCUACAGCAUCUAUUAGACCAAGCCAUGCCAGGUGGCGCUGCGGACUGGUCGUACGAGAAGGCCAAAUCAGUUACUUUUAUCGACGACAUCAUCAACGAGACCCUCCGUCUAAAGCCAGCACUUCUAACGGGUGGAUACCGCUGUACGCCAGCACAAGGUCUUCAAGUUGACGAUGUCUAUAUCCCUGGUGAUAUAAACGUGUUCGUUCCCGUGCAGUUAAUUCAGACGGAUGAGCGGUAUUAUGCAAAUGCGCAAGAGUUUAUUCCGGAACGAUGGGGAGAGCGCAAAGACGAAAUGGCCACGGGUGACGCUCCGUUUUUCCCGUUUUCUUUGGGUGCAUACAGCUGCCCUGGUAAAAACUUGGCCCUUCAGAGUCUGAGGAUUGCGAUCUCAGUCAUUGCGCAGCAAUACAACGUGGCUUUCGCAGAGAAUGAAACCGGCGACGAUUUCGACAAAAAUGCGCUGGACACGUUUACCACCACGUUGCCUCCUCUGCAAGUCCAAUUCUCUCGUCGUUGAAAUUCUUGAACAGGUGGCAGGAUAGAUGAGUAGCACUAUGUUGAAUUAGUAUGCUACCCCAAGUCAGUAAUAGCACAGACAUUAUUCAAGUUAUGAUCAAUCAUCUACCGUCUCAAAACAUAACAAAUAUGUCGAAAUGUAUCUUGAGAUUUUUGUUUCCUCUUUCAUCUUGUCAUUACUUGCUGCUAUGUUUAAAACUUGGCGCAGGUAGCCGUGGAAACUGAGUACCUCCAUUCAAUGUUG